CAGACAUCAGGAUGAUGAAGAAGAAGCAGCAUCACAACCAGCUCCGUCUCUGUCCAGGUGACGAGAGGAGGACGAGCUGAUCUGAGAAGAAGAAGAAGAAGAAGAAGGACCAGGAGGAAGAGGAGGAGGAGGAGGAGCAAAUCCCGCGAGAGAAGCAGUAGAAGCAGAGGAAGACAGACAGACGCAGAUAUAUAAACACGCAGAGAACAGGAGCAGCCGCAUGCACGUGAGGUGCGUGAGACCCCCGUGGAGAGGGGACUAAUAAUCGAUCAUUUACCGGAGAGACGGUUAUUAUUUUUCUGUUUUUUCUUCAACACGGAAAAGACAAGACUGACCAGAUGAAUCCCAUGACACAGUUGUACUACAAGAAGGCGACGUACUCGCCGUACCGCGACAGAAUUCCGCUUCAGAUCGUCCGGGCUGAGGUGGAGCUGUCUGCAGAGGAGAGGGCCUACCUCACCGCUGUGGAAAAAGGUGACUAUGCGGGAGUCAAACAUGCCCUCCGCGAGGCGGAGGUCUACUACAACAUGGACGUGAACUGUCUGGACCCGCUGGGCCGCAGCGCGCUCCUCAUCGCCAUCGAGAAUGAGAACCUGGAGAUCAUGGAGCUCCUGCUCGACCACGGCAUCCACACGGGCGACGCCCUGCUCUACGCCAUCAGGAAGGAGGUUGUGGGCGCCGUUGAGCUGCUGCUGUCGCACAGAAGGCCCAGCGGCGAGAAGCAGGUUCCCUCGCUGAUGAUGGACAGUCAGUUUUCAGAGUUCACGCCGGACAUAACUCCCAUCAUGCUCGCUGCUCACACCAACAACUACGAGAUCAUUAAGCUCCUCGUCGCGCGGAAGGUCACCAUUCCCAGACCACACCAGAUACGAUGCGACUGUGUCGAGUGUGUUUCCAGUUCAGAGGUCGACAGUCUUCGGCAUUCACGGUCUCGACUCAACAUCUACAAGGCCCUGGCCUCGCCGUCCCUCAUCGCGCUGUCCAGUGAAGACCCCAUCCUCACUGCCUUCAGACUGGGCUGGGAACUCAAAGAGCUCAGCAAGGUGGAGAACGAGUUUCGUCAGGAGUACGAGGAGCUGUCGCAGCAGUGCAAGCGGUUCGCCAAAGACCUUCUGGACCAGGCCCGGAGUUCCAGAGAGCUGGAGACCAUCCUGAACCACAGAGACAACGACCAGAGCGAGGAGCUGGACCCCAGACAGUGCCACGACCUGGCCAAGCUCAAACUGGCCAUCAAAUACCACCAAAAAGAGUUCGUGGCCCAGCCCAACUGCCAGCAGCUGCUGGCCACGCUGUGGUACGACGGCUUCCCGGGCUGGAGGAGGCGACACUGGGCCGUCAAGCUGGUCACAUGCUUCAUCAUCGGACUCCUGUUUCCUGUCUUCUCGAUGAUCUACCUGUUGGCUCCAAAGAGCGCUCUGGGCCGCUUCAUCAAGAAACCCUUCAUCAAGUUCAUCUGCCACACGGCGUCCUACCUGACCUUCCUCUUCCUCCUGCUGCUGGCCUCGCAGCACAUCGCCCGCACCAACCUGCACAUGCAGGGCCCCCCGCCCACCAUCGUGGAGUGGAUGAUUCUCCCGUGGGUAGUAGGGUUCAUCUGGGCGGAGAUUAAGGAGAUGUGGGACGGCGGGUUCACGGAGUACAUCCACGACUGGUGGAACCUGAUGGACUUCGCCAUGAACUCCCUCUACCUGGCCACCAUAUCGCUGAAGAUAGUGGCCUACGUUAAGUAUAACUCCUCCCGUCCCAGGGAGGAGUGGGAGAUGUGGCACCCCACGCUGAUAGCCGAGGCUCUGUUCGCCAUCGCCAACAUCUUCAGCUCGCUCAGACUCAUCUCCCUCUUCACCGCCAACUCCCACCUCGGGCCACUGCAGAUCUCUCUGGGGAGGAUGCUGCUGGACAUCCUCAAGUUCCUCUUCAUCUACUGCCUGGUCCUGCUGGCGUUCGCCAACGGUCUGAACCAGCUGUAUUUCUACUACGAGACCAAAGCCUCGGAGGAACCCAACAACUGCAAAGGCAUCCGCUGUGAGAGGCAGAACAACGCCUUCUCCACGUUGUUCGAGACUCUCCAGUCUCUGUUCUGGUCCAUAUUCGGGCUGCUCAACCUAUACGUCACCAACGUGAAGGCCCGCCACGAGUUCACGGAGUUCGUCGGGGCGACCAUGUUCGGGACGUACAACGUCAUCUCGCUGGUGGUUCUGCUCAACAUGCUCAUCGCCAUGAUGAACAACUCCUACCAGCUCAUCGCUGACCACGCCGACAUCGAGUGGAAGUUUGCCCGCACCAAGCUGUGGAUGAGUUACUUUGACGAGGGCGGCACGCUGCCGCCUCCGUUCAACAUCAUCCCCAGCCCCAAGUCCAUCCUCUACCUGCUGGUGUGGCUCCACAGCAGGCUGUGCAGGAGAGGCGGGGCGCACGGGGAGGACUCGCACAAAUGUGAAAACCUCCGAGAGUUCACGGAACGCCACGCUGACAGUCUGAUACAGAACCAGCAUUACCAGGAAGUGAUCCGGAGCCUGGUGAAGAGGUACGUGGCGGCCAUGAUACGCAGCGCCAAGACGGACGAGGGACUGACGGAGGAGAACUUUAAGGAGUUGAAGCAGGACAUCUCAAGUUUCCGCUACGAGGUCUUGGAUCUCCUCGGCAACCGGCGUCCUCCUCGGCGACAUUACUCCUCCUCCAGCGAGACAAUGAGAGACGACGGCGCCAUGGCCUCGGAGGAUGACAGCGAUCCGGGCGACGGCAGUGGAGGCCAGAGGUCAAAGGGCGUGACCUUCAUGACCCCGCUGGAGGACGAAGUGAGGCAGUCACCGACGCUUGGAGUGUCCGCCUUGGUGCGCUCCAUUUCUGGGAUGACCCAGAUAGAAGGAGGGGAUGAGGGUGAGGAGGAAGAGCUGGAGGAGGGCAUUGGAUGGGGGGAAGAGGAGGAGGACGAGGAGGGGAAACCAAAGAGCAAUGGGCUGAAGACGACCGUCAUCCCUCCGUCCUCCAUCACCGGCCUACCGUCCCCGUCUUCAUCGUUCUCCUCGACGUUCUCCUCAUCAUUCGCUCGCACGAGGACCCGCCUGCAGCGCCUCUCGACUCCGGGAUCAAAGGCGGACUCUUUCAAGCGCCUGUCGUACCUCUUCUCACGCUCCAAACGCAGAGCCCCACCCAUGUCUCUCCCCCUCCAGUCCCCGCCCUCAUACACCAUCUCCGACGGGUUGCUCCGCCCCCUGGGGAGCCACAGCCACGCCGACUUCGGACUCAGUGACGUGACCAGAAGCGAGACUCACCUGCACGAGGUGGGCCGCUCAGUCGACAUCAGUAACCCCUCGUUCUCCCCGCGGAGAGCGAAUGGGCGGGACUCGCUCCUGACGCUUCCCCUCCCGCCCCCGUGCCCCUGCCAAUCCCUGCACUGUGCUUCCAACAUGUCCGAGUCCAGCUCGCGCCUCCUGGACUCCAGCGAGGACGUUUUCCAGGGCGGAGGCGUGGGAGGAGCGGGCGAGGGCGGCGUGGAUGGAGGAGGGGGAAGAGGAGGGCUGAUGGUGAUUGGCGGGUGGGUGGGACCCUGCGACGAUGUCAUAGAGGACAGCUGUGAGGUCAUAGAGGACUCUGUCACCACGCAGCUAUAGGAGAGAGGGACAUCCAAACUGUUUUUCUUUGUUUGUUUGCAAAAUGGCUGAACACAUUCAGAGGGAGAGAGACAGAGAGAGAGCGGCGGAGGACGCGAGACGUCGACGGAAUCAGUUCUAGAACCCGGCAGGACGGGUUCCGGUGGAAUUCUAGAAUGCUACAUUUCCAAGAGCAGAGCGGGUUCAGUGACGGUGAUGGUAACUCCUUCGAGGACGGACGGGAUCCUGAAAUGGCAGAUGUUCAUAAAGACAGUUUGGCAUCAUCUGGCUGGAAUAUGGCUGCAGACACAUCAUCGUCCACUCAAAAAGUCAAUUCAAAAAGAAAUGCCCAAUACAAGUUAGAUAGCAAGCACUAUAGCGAGCGAGGUAACUCGCUAGUGCGCUAACUCGCUGGUCAUUGAGCUAACUAGCUAGAGAGUGAGGGAGCUACCAAAGUAACCCACUAGUUAGUGGGCUAACUAGCUAGAGAGCGAGGACGCUACCAAAGUAUCCCGUUAGUGAGUGGGCUAACUAGUUAGAGUGUGAGGGUGCUACCAAAGUAACCCACUAGUUAGUGGGCUAACUAGUUAGAGUGUGAGGGUGCUACCAAAGUAACUUGCUAGUGAGUUGGCUAAUUAGUUAGAGAGCGAGGAAGCUACCAAAGUAACCCGCUUGUAAGUCAACUCGCUGGUCAGUGGGCUAACUAGCCAAAGAGUGAGGGAGCUACCAAAGUGCCUCGCUAGUGAGUGGGCUAACUACCCAGCCAACAUUUGUAUGUGGGUAGUAAAUGGGCUGAAAAAUGGGCCCUAUAUGGGAUUGUCCAUGGGUUCCAUAAUGGCCCCGUGCCAAUUGCCCCUGUGGGUUUCAUGCAGGAUUACACUGGGUGUUAUAUGGGCCCAAUCUGGGCAACAUGAAUCAAAACCCAUCUCCAGGUUUAAGUUCUAUGUGGGAACUACACGGGGACUACAUGGCUUGAAAUAAGGGUUGUAAGUGUGUUUGUCCACAGUUUCCAUGUUGGCCCCAUGCACUAAUUUCCCAGUAGUGACCCAACUAGGACCCACAUGGGUAGCCCACGUGGGGAGCCCAUGAGGGACCAACUUAGUUGAUCUAAGUGGGCCCAGAUAAGAUGCCCACUUGGUACCCAGGUACCCCCAGCAUAACCCAUGUGGGGCCCACAUAACCAUGUUGGCUGGGUAGCUAUACAGUGAGGGAGCUUCCAAAGUAACCCACUAGUGAGCUAACCCGCAAAUCAGUGAGCUAACUAGCUAGCGAGGUAAGCCGUAAGCGUGAGAUAAAUAACAUUAAUUUACUGUAAAAACUGGAUUUAGAACUGAUUAUAAUUUUUCACCAAGCCUUAGAUUUUACAUGCUGAUACCAUCACACACAUAUAGAAAUAGCUUUUCUAGUCUCGAAUGUUUUACGCUCAUUAAAUCCUUAAAUGUUCAUAACACAACGAGUAAUAAUUGAAUUUCAAUUGUCAACAGUUUUAUAUAUAUAUAUAUAUGUCUCCUUUUUGAUCACAAAAUCACGCCAGACUGUCUUUAUCAACGUCUGCCUGUUUCCACGCAUGCCACAAGAGAACGACGGAGGAUAUUUAAAGGGAUAGUACACAUUUUUCGUCUUUCCUCCUGGAGGUUCAAACACGCAUGAAUAUUACGGAAUUACAAAAUAGCCAAAGUGACUUUUCGGAAGGGAAAUAUCGUUAAAAUAUCGCCCAUUUGGUUUUCAACACACGAUUUCUUCUCACCCUUUAAACAAACUUCAAAUUUGCAACGGAAUAAAAAUGGAAUUACAUCCACUGGAAUCUGAAUGGAACUACCCGCAACCGAGUCCCACUUCCAAAUAAAAUGUGACUAACUACAAAUUGCCAAAACGGGACAAAUGGAAUAACCUCCCCUUUAACGCUGGAAUUUCAUGGAUUCAACCUGAUCGCUGGGAUGAAAGGGAACAACGUGGAACCAUUGCUCUGCAGUCGACAGCCUGCACCCUCUCUCUCUGCAUCAACAAGGGCCAAGGAACUUUAUUUUAUCCUAAUAACAGUUAUACUAGUAAUAAUAAUAAGUAUAAUAAUAAUAAUAAGUGACUUCUAAUAUUAGUAAUGAGGACUAUUCUGGUUUCUAAAGACUGUCUUUUGCUUCUAUUUGAGUUGCCUACGAUAUCCUGGCUUCUCGUUCAGCUCUUCCUUAAUAAGUACACUUUAACCUGAUGAAUAAAAAUACACGGUGAUAUUUAUUGUGAGGAGGAGGGAUGAUGGAUGGAUGGAUGGAUGGAUGGAUGGAGGGGAGAAAGAGAGGACGGAAUAAUGGGAGGUAAGGGAGAUAGAGAAGAAGGACUGAAUGAGUAAGAGACGGAGAGAGUAGAGUUUGCCUUUCUAUCUGGGAAAUCUAUUUUAAAGGGAAAUUUCACCAGAAUUUCAUCAUGAUUAUUAUUUUUUUUUUUUCCUCUUGAAGUCGCUCAGCGCGGCGAUUUCAAAAAGUUGGCAUGAGCAGAGGCUGUUGAAUUUUACUCUGGUUAAUAUACGACUGUCAGAGGCGAAGUAGAGAAAUUAUGCAUGUUUGAUCAAAAUAAAACCACAGUUACCUGCAACACACACACACAGACACACACAUAUAUACACAAACACACACUUCAAAAAUCAGCUGGUGUGAUGAGUAGCUCCUGGCUAAAUGUUUUGCCCUUUAUGAGAUUUCUCCAGAGCCCUCCCUCUUCAACAGGAUGACAUCAGCUGUCCUCUUAUGUUACAUCCUUUCUCUUGAUUGUUUUACCCAUUUUCUACCUCUCUUUCUUUUCCUAACCUUCACCAGACUCUCUCUACACACACACACAGACUCGCGCCUCUGGCAGACGCUGUGACCUCACCACCAGCUGUCUUGGCAGCAGCGGCGGCGGUGGCAGAAAGCCUCAACCCUUAUCGAUGAAUCAACAACAUCCCAAAAAUGUCACGGUGUAACCAUGGAGACCCGAUUACCCCGCAUAAUGUCACGUACAGAGCCAGGAAGCCUCAGACGCUGCCGGGCAUCCUGGCGCUGGCAGUGUUGGGUGCAGCUAAGUGGUUGGUGAUGACACCCGUCUCUUAAAGACAAUCCAUUUUUAUGUGGCACCAAUAACACAGACAGACAUCUGUGUUUUCAAAAGCAUAAAAUGACCUUUAGUUAGUUUGGAAAAGGGUAGGCACUUUAAAAAAGGUGCUUGGCAGGUGAUUGGAUGAACCAUCUGUCAAUCAAACUCUUGCCGAAGCCAGUCGGGAGAAGAGCGAAAACAUCUUUUCCGUCGUUCUUUGCUUCUUCUUUCAAUGAAGAAAUACUCUCCAGUUCUGAUAUAACUGUGCAAUAUAACUUUCUAUUUAUUCCAUGGGCUUUAACUGUGGAUCAAAUGACUAUCCUCCUCCAGUUUAGCCUCUUUUAGCUCUUUGUUUUGACCUGCAAUUCUCCGUCCUCAUCGACCUUGUUUGUCUUCAUCAGAAAAAAAGCUCACUGUAGCUCCACUACCUGUAUACCUGACCAGCGCCAAACAGCAGACAGACAAAGUUAGUGACUAACAAAGCGAUUAAAUAACUAAUGUUCAGGACAACAAAGGUCGGAGCCACAGGAGGAGCAAGCUGCUGUAUCAGGGGAAUUAUUGUGUCACAGUCACAACACAGUGUUUAAUUUAACAGUAAAGGUGACCCGUCCUGCUGCAGCAGCCCUGCACAAUGUUUUAAAUACAACUUUGGUGCAACUUCUAAUUGAUAAAAUAAGAUUUUUUUUAACAGAAAGUGAAGCAAAAAUGAUGUAAAAACCUCAUAAUUUCACUAGUAUUUAUAUUAUUGUUAUUAUAUUAUUUUAAUGCAGUUUAACGUUCACGUGGCUCAGUCAAAUGAAACUAUAACAUGUGUUAAACUGGAAACAAUGCUGCUAUUCGUCAGUGCAUCUCAUAUCCACUUCAACUCAACAACACACAUGGAGACUGCAGAUAAACCAGAGAGCAGGAGAGAUGAGGGAGGGCAAAAAAAAAAAUCUCUCGGUUACCACGGCAACCAGCCUGCAUGUCACCACCCCAUAAUCUGUGCCGCGCAGUGCAACUCAUGCACCGAGCCAGAGAUGGGCUUUUGAUAAUCAAUCACAGCUCAUCAAUUGCCAUGACGACCGCGGGGAUGAGAUUAAAAAAAAAAAAAAUGACGAGCAAAGAGUUUUAUUUUGAAAUAAGAGGAAAUGAACUCAGGGAUGCAGACGGAGGAGUAUUGAUCUA